GACUAUAUAAGCGCCAACAGUGAUGUUAGGCAUCUAGUCAGUAAACACUUCGCUUUACCUGAACUUCUGAACCAUGGCUGUUAAGUAUUUUCUCUGCGUUGUGGCGAUAACUUGGGCGACCUUUUCUUUGGCUGUCGCAGAUUCAUCAGAACUAAUAGCAAGAAGGCCAAAAUUUUUCCAUAACUUUAUCAUCCAAAAAUUAUCUGAACUGGGUAUGAAUCCACUGUUUGGCGGAAUUUCUGGUAUUCGACCAACAGCACAACCACCUCUCGUUGUUAUCUUAUUAUCUCCCAACAAAGUGGAACCAUCUCAGGCCCCUACUGCCUCAAAUCCUCAAAGUGGUAAUGGAAAUCAUCCAGAAGUCGGUAAUGGAAAUCUUCCAGAAGUGGGUAAUGGAAAUCCGCCAGAAGUCGGUAAUGGAAAUCUUCCAGAAGUCGGUAAUGGAAAUCCUCCAGAAGCCGGUAAUAAAAACCCACCCGCAAAUGGAGGUGGAAGUGAGCAAGGCAAUGCGCCUGCCAAUGGUAAUGGAAAUACCGCAGGUGAUAUUACUGGCAAUGCUCCGGAGGAAGCGCAAGUUGUGAGCGAAGCUGCCAUGGCGGAAGAAAUGGAAGACUUAAUGGCGUAAGCAAAUUCGUGAUUGUGCAUGUAGUGAUCAAUACUAUAUUUGUCAGUGCAUAAAAACACAUUACUAAAAUUAAAGAAAUUUUUCAAAAUGAUAUAAAA